UUUAUGUUUACACUGUAUUUCUUACACUGCCUGAACUGUUUUUGGAGUUGGCUCUUUUUGGCUUUAAUCUCAUUGUACAUAAGUACAGUGAAAAUGAAAUUAAUUCAUUCAUCCCUUCAUUUAGCAGUAUGAAUGACCACACACACACACACGCCAACGCACACACACCCCCGCACAUGCAAAGGAGAUUUCAGCAGACCAGUCAGAAUUGAACAUCAAGACUACCUGCAUGAAUGUAAUCUUAGUGAGAGUGUAUUUUUAAAUCUAAACCUUUAUGUUUAAUUUUAACACUGUAUAGAUUGAGGAAAUAUAAACUAAAUUUAAACUUGUGCACCCAAUUUUUUAUAUUUCAAUUAGUACUUUAUGUGAAUAGAGAAAGUUGUCUGGUAUUGGGGUAUUAUAUACUAUCCACUUAAGCAUUUAAAAAGUAUAUUUUCAUACAAUUAUUCCAUACAGAAAAAACGAAUAACUUAAAUUCAUGCUCGAAACCCCUCAGAUUAAUAAAAUGCAUUCAAUAGCUGGGGAUAUAUACAGUUCUCUCUAGUACCAUCAUGCUGUUUUCCUCAAACUAACCAUAAAAUGUAUUCCCCUCUUUCUGAAAUAAUAAAAUUUUCAGUUUUAGGAAUUUGAGUUACAGCAGUUUUUUAAAUCAGGAUUUCUUUGCGACGCAUGCAAACGUGGACCACCUGAUUUUUAACAUUCUAUGUUUUUUGAAGGGUAAACUAACUGGGGAAGGAACAGAAAGUUAUACUUGUAGAUUUAGUCACAACUGAACACCUGUGCAGCUAGAAUGUUGACCCGUCAGGUUAUCCAUUGUCUUUUAACACAUGUACAUUGUUCAUUAUGCAUGACAAGGAGUGUUGGCUUUUUGUUUUUUAAGACAAAGACUGUAGUUUAGUUUCCCUUUACUGAAACCACUUGUUACUUUAAGGUUAAGAUGAUUCCAAUCAGCAGGGUGACAUCGCAUGCAUUGUGACACUAUCAGAUUUAGAGCCUUGUAAAACAGACAGGCUAGGUAGUACCUGCAUUAGACAAGAAAGACAAGUCGAGAUCGUACUUCUUACACUAAACCAUGAAACAGAAGCUGGAAAUUGUAGCCCUGGUCCUGGGCUUCUUUGGCCUAUUUGGGACAAUAGCUGUUACAGCUCUGCCUACCUGGAAGGUCUCUGCCUUCAUUGGGGCUAAUCUUAUAGUCAUGGAGGAACUGUGGGAAGGCCUGUGGAUGACCUGCUACAGACAGAUUAAUAUCAAGAUGCAGUGCAAGGUCUACGACUCACUAUUGAUUCUCCCAGCCGAGCUGCAGGCGGCCAGAGGAUUCAUGUGCGUCUCCAUCGCCCUGGUUUUCAUUGCCUUGAUUGUCACAGCUUUUGGAAUCCAGAGGAGCAACUGUUUUGGUGACAACAUGAAGAGCAAAAACAUCAUUCUGGCCGUCGGGGGAUGUUUGUAUCUGAUUUCGUUUCUGACCACACUCAUUCCUGUCAGCUGGGUGGGUCAGUCGAUUAUCAGGCAGUUCUACAAUCCAACUGUGCUGGACGCUCAGAAACGAGAGAUAGGACAAGCCAUCUUUAUUGGCUGGGGAACGUCUGGUGUGUUACUGGCCACUGGAAUCAUCGUGCUCAUCAGAUACAGCAAACGAAGAUCCAAAGAAGAUCUCUACCAGGGUGAAUACAUUAUGGAGGAAAAGAGUGCCAUCAAAGAGGACAGUGUAUAUCUCGCCCAGACAGCAUCCGGCAUGCAUAAAUUUCAAGAAUAUGUGUAAAUAAUUGUUAAUUUUUGCUUUCCGCUGAAUGUAUUUAUUUGCAUUUAAAAAUUACAAUGUGUAGCCUAAGAAAAACUUCACAAGCUGAUCUGCACAUGCCUGUCAAAAUUAAGGGCUUUAGUGACUCACAGAGCUACUGGGAGAAGCUCUUUACAUCAGUUGGCUACUUUACUACAAGCAGUACCGGUAACAAAUGUUCUUUACCAUUCAACCAAUUUUGUACAUAAAAAGUAUUCAUUUAUUAAGAGUAAUUUUUCUUUUAAUUUUAUUUUUAACAAAUGCACUUCUCUCUGCAUGUACUUGACGCUUUUG